AAUAAAUGUCAAAAAUAAUGAUAUAACCUACAAAUGUUGUCGAAAAAUAAAAAAUUAUGUGCCUUUUGAAUUUAUGUUUUACUUUAAGAAAUAAUUUUUGUCAUGUCUUCAGAAAUGCAUCAUCCCACUCUAACUUCUCUUCGAAACUCUUCCAAAUUAGUACGAAACAUACUAAAAUAAUAAAUAGAGAAUAUGCAGCUGUACAAGCACUAAUAAAAAGAUCGGGUUUACAAGACCUUUCACAACUUUCGAACAGUAUAUCCAGUAGACAGUACCACUCUUCACCGAAAUGUUAUCAACAGCCUGGGGGCGGGAAUCCAGGGGACCCUAAGAAACCCCCUGAUAAAGAUGACGAAGAUAAAGACAAGAUACCCUCUCUUUUAGCUAAAGCGUUUUUAUGGAUGCUCACUGCUUACAUGUUUAUAGCUGUGCUUUCCCUGAUGUUCCCUAAUAGCAACCAACCGGAGGUUGUAAGAUACGUUUCUUGGAAUGAAUUUUUAUAUCAAAUGUUAGCAAAGGGAGAGGUUGAACAGAUUAUAGUAAGACCUGAUAUAGAGAUUGUAACUAUAGUGCUGCAAGACGGGGCAAUUAUCAAAGGAAAACGCGUUGAAAAUAGAACUUAUCAUAUGAAUGUAAUAGAUGUUAAUAAAUUUGAAGAUAAGCUGAGAGAAGCCGAAAGAAGAUUAGGUGUAACAGACGGAGUACCCAUUAUUUAUGAAAGAAGUACUGAUACUGCAGGAAAACUGCUUAUUUCACUUUUGAUAGUUGGUCUUCUCAUUUCUUUAUUAGCCAGAAGUAAGAGUAUUCGGCCUCCUAUUAGCAUGGACAGUUUUACUCAACUUGGACGUGCCAAAUUUACUCUUAUUGAUCCACUUAAAGGACAAGGAAAAGGGGUCCAUUUUGCUGAUGUGGCUGGUUUGAGAGAGGCAAAACUUGAAGUUAUGGAAUUUGUAGACUACCUAAAACGACCUGAACAUUACAGAAGUCUUGGUGCCAAAGUGCCUAGAGGGGCACUUUUAUUAGGACCUCCAGGUUGUGGAAAGACCAUGUUAGCUAAAGCCGUUUCUACAGAGUCUAAUGUACCAUUUUUGUCAAUGAAUGGGUCAGAAUUUAUAGAAAUGAUUGGAGGUCUAGGCGCGGCCCGAGUCAGAGAUCUAUUCAAGGAAGCCAGAAAACGAUCCCCUUGCAUUGUCUACAUCGACGAAAUAGACGCAGUGGGCCGUAAACGUAGUGGAAAAAUAGGCACAGAAAGCAUCAGCGGCGAAAGCGAACAAACCCUUAACCAACUCUUAGUAGAAAUGGACGGCAUGGCCAGCAAAGAAGGUGUUAUCAUGCUGGCUUCCACUAACAGAGCGGACAUACUGGAUAAAGCUUUGCUGCGACCGGGCAGAUUUGACAGGCACAUUCUAAUUGACUAUCCAGAUAUGAUCGAAAGGCAGCAGAUAUUCGAGCAGCAUCUGAAGGGGAUACAUUUGGAAAAACCGCCCGAAACGUAUUCAAAACGUAUGGCGUACUUGACGCCCGGAUUCAGCGGGGCUGACAUAGCAAACGUCUGCAACGAAGCUGCGUUACACGCCGCCAGAUUCAAAAAACCGAAAGUCGAUAAAUCUGACUUGGAAUACGCCGUGGAACGCUUGGUGGGCGGUACUGAGAAACGCAAUCACGCCAUGUCGCCGCAAGAGAAGCGAAUCAUAGCCUACCACGAAUCCGGACACGCUUUAGUAGGAUGGUUACUGGAGCACACUGAUGCUUUACUCAAAGUUACAAUAGUUCCCAGAACCAGUCUAGCUUUAGGAUUCGCCCAAUACAUCCCUAGGGAUCAGAAAUUAUACACCAAAGAGGAAUUGUUCGAUAGAAUGUGCAUGACUCUCGGCGGAAGGGCAGCGGAGGCCAUGACGUUCAACAAAGUGACCACCGGAGCUCAAAACGAUUUAGAGAAAGUCACCAAAAUGGCGUACGCUCAAGUCAAAGAAUUCGGCAUGAACAAAUCCGUGGGGCUGCUCAGCUUCUCUGAACCGGAAAACAAGGAAAUGGGACGGAGACCGUACAGCAAGACGCUGGCGAAUUUGAUUGACGCCGAAGUGCGUACUUUGGUCGGGCAGGCGUACAGGCAUACCGAACAAGUUUUGCUGACGAACAAAGAUAAAUUGGAGAAGCUGGCUGAGAUGUUGCUGAUUAAGGAGACGCUUAAUUACGACGAUGUCGAACGGUUACUGGGUCCUCCGCCUUUCGGGGAGAAAAAAUUGAUAGAGCCGGCGGAUUUUGAGGAAAGUUUGCGGAAAGACGCUGGCGAUUAUAAGGAGAAUAAUGAUGCUGGUAGUACCCCGGCGACGAAAUUGUAAGUUGCGUAGUUGUAUAUAAUAAAUGAGUAGAUUG